CGGUCUCUUCGAUUCACUCUCUCCAUCAUCGAAAGAAGAAAGAAAAAAAGAGAAUUUAAUAAAGAAAUAAAACAAAAAUCUUUCCUUUUUCUCUCACACAUUUUUCUUCUUCUUCAUCAUCUCCACUCGAAUCCGGAAGAAGAAAUAAAAUAAAAAACCCAGAAAACUCAGAGGAAAGAAAAAAAAUGUCUUCACCAAGCAAACGCAGAGAAAUGGAUAUGAUGAAACUGAUGAUGAGCGAUUAUAAAGUGGAGACGAUCAACGAUGGCAUGCAAGAGUUCUAUGUUGAAUUCAAUGGUCCCAAAGACAGUCUCUAUCAAGGAGGUGUGUGGAAGAUAAGAGUUGAGCUUCCAGAUGCUUAUCCUUACAAAUCUCCAUCUGUUGGUUUCAUCACUAAAAUUUAUCACCCCAAUGUUGAUGAACUGUCGGGUUCUGUUUGUUUAGAUGUGAUUAACCAAACUUGGAGUCCUAUGUUCGACCUUGUGAAUGUGUUUGAGACAUUUCUUCCCCAGCUUCUGUUAUAUCCAAACCCAUCAGAUCCAUUGAACGGAGAAGCUGCUGCAUUGAUGAUGCGUGAUCGUCCUGCUUAUGAACAGCGAGUUAAAGAAUACUGUGAGAAGUAUGCAAAGCCAGGGGAAGGUUCAGAAGAUAAGUCUAGCGAUGAAGAACUAAGUGAAGAGGAAUUCGGCUCAGAUGACGAAGAUGAAGAUGAUGAUGAUGAUGAUGUUGCUAUUGCAGGCAAACCAGAUCCCUGAAUCGGCUUUGGUAGGGAGCUUGUUCUAUGUAUAUGAUCAUGCUUAUAACUGAGAACUGUGAAAUCUAUUUCUCCCUUUGUGCUUUGUUCACCUGUUUAAUUUAUCGGACCGGACGUUUGUGUACAUUAUUAGACCGACCGAAUUGUUAGUCUUUUCAAUUUCAAAUAAGUGGGGUUUUCCGGUUUAGACCGGUUAUUGAUUCGAUAA